AUGUUACGGGAUAGCUCCCCCAAGGAGAGCGCACAGGGCCUGGUGGGAAUCCCCCAUGGCGCCUCUGCCCGCCACAUGAAGGGCUGCGCCUCGGACACGGACUACGACGUGCCUCUGCCGCUGGGGAGAUGCGGCCCGCAGGGCAGGGAGCCGCCGCUGCUUUGGAUUGCGCUGGUGGUCCACGGGGGCUGCAACUUCAAGGACAAAGUCACCAACGCGGCCCGGAAGCGGGCGGUGGCCGUGGUGAUCUACAAUGAGCCCCGCUUCGGCAACGCCACUGUCUCCAUGUCCCACCUCGGAACGGGAAAUACAGUGGUAAUUAUGGUUGGAUAUCCAAAAGGGAUAGAAAUUUUGGAGCCAGUACGCAGAGGGAUUCCAGUAAAAAUGACCAUUGGUGUUGGCACACGACAUGUGCAAGAAUAUAUCAGUGGACAAUCAGUUGUGUUUGUGGCCAUUGCUUUUAUCACCAUGAUGAUUAUAUCACUAGCUUGGCUCAUAUUUUAUUAUAUCCAACGUUUUUUAUACACGGGGUCACAAUUUGGAAGCCAGGGCCACAGAAAGGAAACCAAGAAAGUGAUCAAUCAGCUUCAGUUGCAUACUGUGAAGCAUGUAGACAAGGGUUUAGAUGUUGAUGCAGAAAACUGUGCUGUGUGUAUUGAAAACUAUAAACCGAAAGACAUUGUCCGGAUUCUGCCAUGCAAGCAUAUCUUUCAUAGGACGUGCAUUGACCCCUGGUUGUUGGACCACAGAACUUGUCCAAUGUGUAAACUAGAUGUCAUAAAAGCUCUGGGAUAUUGGGGUGACCCUGAAGAUGCACUUGAAGUUCCAAUACCUGAAUCAAUAAGUGGCAGUGUAUCAGUAGGAAGUUUGAGUAUUGCUUUACAAGAAGAUGAUAGAAAUGAAGUAAGCGAUUUGUCAGCCUCUUCAACCAAUGAAUCUGUGUUACAAUGUAACAGUUUAAAGGAGGAUGCAGGUGAAACCACAGCAUUACUUGACAUGGACGGCAGUGAUAGUCGGCAUGGAGAACAUCUGUCUAAUGGAAAUUCCCACUGAAAAGCUUCAUGGAAGACUGAUUAGACUGCUUAAAGAACUUUUUAUUUAAUUUAGUAUGAACUUUGGCCUAGUUGAUGGAAAAAUAACAAUGUAAUUUAUUUUAUCUUGAGAACUUUUCUAGUUAAUGUUCCAAAAGGGCUAAUAACUAAGAAUUUUGUAUAAAAAGGAUUUUUUAAACUAGUCUGUCUGAUCCUAUGAAAGAUGCAAUACAUCUGAUAUAAGAAUUAUUCAAUGUUGGUGUGUUCCAGAGGGCUGUAGCACAGAUGAAGACUAGGAUGAGAGAACAGAAUAUAAAAAGUUGUAUGGAUAAAUGUUGGUUACACUGUUUGUUUAGCAUGUACAUAAAGCUGAAAGCAUUUUCAACACUACAUUUUAUUAAACGAUACUUUAAAAAAAGCUGGAUGUUUAAGCAGCAUGCAAAAUAGAUUGUGAAACUAUCAAAUAAUUCCUUUGAUAUUAUAUAGCAUCUUCCACUCACCACUGGAUGAAAAAAUAAUUGAUGGCAAUUUUCUUAGAAAACACUAAGAACCAUUGAUAUUAACUCAGAGCUGAGUACCUACAUUUUUUUCAUCUCAUUAACUUCUAUGCUGAAUUUGGCAGAAAUGACUAACUUCAGUGUCUUUGCUGGAUAGUGUUAACAUGCUGAGCGUGUUGAUUCAUCUAGCAUCCAUGUCAAUUACCUCUCUCUCAAUCUUUAACUCACUAAAACAGAGUAGAAAAGGGCUAUUAUGGCUAGGGUAUUUCUGUUUUAGACUUCCCUGAUUUCCCUCUUAAACAUUCUCUUGCCCUCAUUUCCAUGUGCACAAACUGGGAUCCCUUAGGAUUUUUUAUGAAGUUAGGGGUCUUUGCUUUUGUCUCAAAAUAGGAAAUUCCUUUUGGCUAUUUUCCAUUAUGACUUUAAAUCGGAGUUGUCGUUAGUUUUAUUUCUUUGCUAGAUUAGCAGUAUUGUGCCUUAUGUUUUUUUAAAAGCAUUUAUUACUAAACCCAAAACAUCAGAGAUGAAAUAUAAAGCCCCGCUUCUUUUUGACCUCUUGUUCAGAUAUCUACAUCAAUAGGCAGUACAAGGAAAUGCUAAAUUGUUUUAUAAAAAAACUAUGUAUAUUUACAGUACUGUAUACAUUUUAAUAGUGUUGAAUUCUUAGGCUUUUAGUACUGUCAUGUUAUAAAUGAAUGUAUAUGAUACAUUCCUCAGUUUUGUAAGAUUGCUUAAUUGGUGUCUUUUGCCAGACAUUUGUUGAAGUGCACUUUGUUUCUAAAACAAUGUGUAUUUGGAAUGUUUUUUAGAAAAUGAAAAUAUGCAAUCCUUUUCUAAUCUGUACUGUGCUUCGACUGGAGCAGAAAUUUUAUUUUAGAAUGUAUGUUCCAGAAAUGAAGGGGUUUUCAACUGGGAAAAAAAUUCUGAGUAUUUACUUUACCAAGAAGUUCAUCAAAUACUUGUUUCUCCAAAAUAUUCUUAGUAGUAGUACCUUUUAAAGAUCUGCUUUUUUUUUCCCAGUAGGAGUGCCCACUGAUUAAAUUUCAUGGAAUAAUUGUCAGGGCACAGUUUUCUCAUUUCACCAGCAGGUACAACUUUUGUGAUGCCUCUAUCUGAUGAGAAGCACAUGAAGUAGAAUAUUUAAUAAUUAUCAUCCCCAUCUCCAAACAACUUUGAUGCAUAGGAACCAGUAUGCCUCCAAAGCGAGUUAAUCUCUACUUCCAAGGCUGCCUUUUUAAUUUACUCUUUAAUACAGCAGCUAAGUCUUCUCCCUCUUCCUUAAUACAAAGUUGAACAUGAUUAAUGAAAAAGUAUCAAGAGGGUCACAGCUCCAGCUCAUCAGUCAGGAGCCUGCAAGAAGUUCAGAGACAUUGGGAUUCUUCAGAUGUCUUGCUGAUACCUGCAACAUGGAAUCCACAUUGGAGUGACCAUUAUGGUGACAUGGUAUGAAGAUUCUGGAACUGGAAUUAUAAGAGAUGCACAUAAAUCAAGUUAAUAUUUUCAUGUAUUCAAACUGGGUACUGAACUCUAUUCUCGGAUAACUUGCCAUAUGGCAAGAUCUUGACCUGAGAUUGCUUGAAGAUAGAUGAUGUUGUGACUGCAUGUAUCUGUGUAAGGGAAUGCAUCACCAGGAAACUUAGGUCUACCUAUACUUUGACUGGACAGGGAUCUAAGUUGUUAGGUAUAUCACCUAUACUGUAUUUCAUCCACAAUAUGGUAUUGCUGCAUUUUUAAUUAAGGAAUAUUUCAUUCUGAAAACAGGAUGAAAAAUUGGAACUCCUAUCAUAUUUCACUAAUUCAGCAAGUAAUGAAAACUUGAACUUUGAAUUAGGACUUUAAGAAACAAUCUGAGUGAAGUUAGAUGUUUCUGGUGAAAGAUGGUCUGCUAGUUGAAGUUGUUCACUAAGUUACCAUUAAUAUUUGAAGGCUUCUUGUUCUUUCAGUACCAACAAGUGGGAUCAUUCAGUGUUUAAAGUGAACACAUUAAAAACUUACUAGGGAAACUUUGACCCCACUGGUGGGACUUCGCCUUUGGCAACUACAGAGUAGGCUUUCAGAUUGUGUUGAUCUAAUGCUUAGGCAAACAUGUAAUCCACAGAAAUAACUUGUUAAACUUGGUUUAUGUUGAAACCAUAGUGAGUAAACUACUACUCACAAACUGACUUAGCACUAGGUUGCUAUUAUCUAACUUUUUAAUAAACUUGGUUGUAUUGAUUGGAUUCAGCAAAUUAAACUUUUCAUUAUACUUCAAAAACAAGUUGAAUUAAAUCAAUGUUAUGUAUUAAGUGUAUUUAACUGGUUUAUCUUCCUAAAAUCCCUUAAGUUGUAUGGGCCUAUUAAACAUAAUGGUAUUAGAAAA